AUGGAGAAGCAGAUCGCACCCAUACCCGCUUUCUACGCCUGUUACCUCCUGCGCUCGAUAGCGCGCCACAGCUCCCUUUACGUCGGCAGCACCCCCAACCCACCCCGGCGCCUGAGACAGCAUAAUGGCGAUACAAAGGGCGGUGCCGUCCGUACUUCCAGAGACUCGUUACGCCCGUGGGAGAUGACAUGUCUCGUCACUGGCUUUUCAAGCAAGAUUGCGGCGCUGCAAUUUGAGUGAGUCGACGAUGCACCCGACGAUGCUGUGCGGCGUUUUAACAUCUUGUUCUUACGUGUUUCACUCUAAUUUCCAUCGCGCGUGGACCCUGUUGAAUUUUCUCAGCCAGGUACAUCCAUACUAACAAGUCAUCCAGAUGGGCAUGGCAAAAUCCGAAUCUGACGCGACACAUUGCGCCAGACUUGCGAAUCACACAAUCCAGAAUGACUGUGCGAAUAUCUCCUAGGACUGGCAAAACGCGGAAACGCUCAGCUAGGCCCCGGCUUUCACUUACUGAUCGUCUCGCUAAUUUGCAUUUGCUGCUUCGAUCCAAGAGCUUCGAGCGCUGGCCGUUGAAGCUCACAUUUUUCUCGGAGGAUGUCUUUCGAGUCUGGCAGAAGUGGACGCAGCAACACUCGGAACAACUGAGACCAGGAAUUGAGGUUGUCAUGGAUGAAAGCAGCCGCGCGCUUCUCGCGGUUGCUCAGUCCGACAAUAGCUCGUUACCCGCAAGUGCUCUGGGGAUCAAUGCUCUCGAUUUGGGAUAUUCGAGUCUAAAGCUCCAAUUGAUGAGGAGCCAGACGACAUUCAACGAAGAGUCUGCCCCUGCCUGUGCUAUUUGUCACGAGCCAACUUCAAGCACCGGCGCUGGGGCAUUGCUUUGUGCCGCAGAAUCCUGCACAACGGUAACCCAUUUACAGUGCUUGGCUUCUGUGUUCCUCAAAUCCGAGCAAGCUCUUCCAGGUGUUCUGGUACCAACCGGUGGUAAUUGUCCAGGCUGCGGAGCCAAAUCGCAGUGGGUGGACCUCGUCAAAGAGCUCAGUCUUCGCAUGCGUGGAGAAAAGGAGAUGAAGGCACUGUUCAAACCAAAGCGGGGCAAGAAGGCUGCAGCAGCUACAGCAAACGCCGUUGAAGAGUCAGAAUCGGGCGAAGGCGAUGAUCCGAUGGAUAUGGUACUUCAAGACGAGGAUGACUGGCAUCGUCUUUCUGACGAUAGCGACGAUGAAGUACCUUCAAAGGAGAUCAGAAGCGAUCCGAGUCCAGGUCACGGGUCUGCGAUCUUCAAGCGCGGGACGAAAAGCAAGCCUACAAAUUUCUCAGAACCAGUCAUUGAAGACAGCGACUGGGACGAAGCCGAGCUUUUGACCUGA